AUGUUUUUUUACCUGGAACAAUGUGUGAUAAAUGUACUGAAACCAUGCUUUUGUUUAUUGAACCUUUUGGCCAUUGUUACAGGACAAGAGAGUUAUCUCAUGAGGAACUUUCGAGGUCAUAACCCUGAGAAAGGGAUGGUUCAUCCUCGCAAGCGUUCAAGAAAGAGGCUUAUUACUAGUGACAGUGAUGAUGAUGAUGACUAUACUGACAAGGAUUACUCAAUUGAAGAAGACGCAUCAAAGCAGCUUGUCCUCUAUGAUCCGCAGACCACACGUCGCCAGCAAAGGGAAUUCCAAGUAGCCGAGCCCAUAUAUGACUCUACUCCACUGCAGCAAAUACCCCCGAAGACAAAGUAUGGUGGACACUCCAGAGUUUUACCAUCUAUUGGGCACUAUACUGUACAGUGCGCCCAGUGCUUCAAAUGGAGGGUCGUUCCAACAAAGGAGAAAUAUGAAGAGCUGCGUGAGACUAUUUCCGAGGAACUUUUUGUGUGUGCAAGGGCUCGUGAAUGGAACCGUGUUUUAUCAUGUGAUGAUCCAGAAGAUAUGUCACAAGAUGGAAGUAGGGUGUGGGCAAUUGACAAGCCAAACAUUGCCCAAACUCCUGUUGGCUGGAAUAGGGAGGUCAGAAUCAGGGGGGAGGGUUGCAGCAAGUUUGCAGAUGUGUAUUACACUUCUCCAGCUGGGACAACGUUGAGGUCAAUGGUUGAAAUUGAGAGGUACUUGGCAGAGAAUCCAUUCUACGUUCGACAAGGGGUUUAUUUAGGCCAGUUCUCGUUUGCUACCCCAAAGCCUCUGCAAGAAGAUUAUGUCAGGAAGCGUAAAUAUUCAGCAACAACUCGUGAAUUACCGGACAUUCUUGAGCCAGUUGAAGUGAACCCACUGUGCUGGGCAGCGCCUCCUACCCGCAGAGAGCAGCUUCAGAUGGGGGCUUCAGCUUCAAACCCCGUCGACCUCGACGGCGAACCUGAGGUGUUUGAAGCACCACCCAUGCACACCAACAGGAGAAAUCUGAAUCAAGCGAUGCCGUCAUGGAGCGGGCGCAAGAAGAGAGCGGCGUCGUCUGAAGAGCCCAAGAAGAGAACCAUGCAGCAAGCUUCGGCGUCGAUCCGUCCACCGUCUCCACCCAGCUGGCCACGCCGCGGCCAGCCUCAGCGGUUUCCCAGCGACGUCGAGCACGUGCUGUUGUGA